AUGAAGGGGGCCAGAUUAUUUGUCCUGCUUUCUAGUUUGUGGAGCGGGGGAAUUGGGCUUCCUGACAGUAGGCAUUCUUGGACUACACCUGAGGGUAAAAACUUCCAGGAGACCAGGACCUCUGCUUCGGUUUCUCCAAAUAAAACACCAACUUUCCAGAUGCUGCCCAGCACUCAGAUGGCGUCUGCUGAUGUAACUACAACUCCUGAGGCAAGAACUUCUGAAGAGAGUCUUCUAAAAUCAACACUGCCCCUCUCAGAGACGAGUGGACCUCCCCAGGUGAGAAACCAAACCGUCACCCCCACAAGGAAGAUGGAAGAAGGAGUGGUGAAGUUACGAAGUCUUGCUCUCCCUACCAACUCCACCGUCAAGUUCAGUCCCGGGGAAGAGUCAGUUGUCCUUUCCAACGCUACGCUGAAGUUUCUUCAGAGCUUUGCCCAAAAGUCAAGUCGACAAGCAAUCCCCCCAAACUCAGUCGGUGGCCUGGGGAAUCGAUCCCCCCGGGAAACAUACCUCAGCAGAGGGGACAGCCGUCCAAGCCAAAGAACGGACUACCAAAAGCCAAGUUUUGAGACAACUAGAGGAAAGAAUUGGUGUGCUUAUGUCCAUACCAGGUUAUCUCCCACGGUGGUACUGGACAACCAGGUCACUUACAUUCCAGGUGGGAGAGGAUCCUGUGGCUGGACCGGUGGAUCUUGUCCUCAGAGAUCUCAGAAGAUAUCAAAUCCUGUGUACAGGAUGCAACAUAAAAUCGUCACCUCAUUGGAUUGGAGGUGCUGUCCUGGAUACAGUGGGCCUAAAUGUCAGCCCAAAGGCCAGGAGCAGCAGCAACUGAUACACACCGACCAGGCGGAAAGUCACGCAGCUAUUGGCAGAGGGUCAGCGGAGCAACGGCAGCCACAAGACUGCGGCGACCCAGCGGUGAUGCAAAAAAUGACUGACCAGAUGAACCACCAGGCGACAAAACUGACCGUUCUGCAGAAGAAGAUUGAAAACAUUUCCUUGGCUGUGAAUGAGAUAAGGAACACUUACACCUCCCUAGAAGGGAAAAUCAGUGAAGAUAAAGGCAGAGAAUUUCAAUCUUUUCUAAAAGGUCUAAAAUCCAAAAGCAUUAAUGAGCUGGUGAAGGACAUAGUAAGAGAACAAUUUAAAAUAUUUCAAAGUGACAUGCAAGAGACUGUCGCACAGCUCUUCAAGACUGUGUCAAGUCUAUCACAGGACCUCGAAAACACCAGGCAAAUAAUUCAAACAGUCAAUGAAUCUGUGGUUUCAAUCGCAGUCCAGCGAACAUCUGUCUUAAUGCAAGAAAAGAGGCCCACCUUGACUGAUUUAGUAGAGCUAAGGGAUGACAUCGUGAAUAUAAGGCAAGAAAUGACUGUGACGUGUGAGAAGCCGGUGAAAGAACUGGAGGAGAAGCAGUCUCAUCUAGAAAGUGCUUUACAGCAGGAACGCACGAGAAACCUUCUGUAUUACGAAUCCUUCAAUAGGACCCUUUCUAAAAUGAGGGAAGUACACGAGCGGCUUUUGUCAACCGAAAAAGUAACAGGACAAAAGAAUGUUCCCGCCGUCCCAUCAGCUGCCAAUAACGUCACUGAGUACCUGUCCACUCUCCAAGAGAACAUGAGGAAGCAGGGCGUGAUGCUGCUGCAGAUGAUUGAUGAUUUGCACGUCCAAGACAGUAAGAUUAACAAUCUCACCGUGGCUUUGGACGUGGAGAAAGAAUCAGUCAGAGAUGAAUGUGAAGCCAUGCUAUCGAAGUGCAGAAAUGAUUUCAAAUUUCAACUCAAGGACACAGAAGAGAAUGUGCAUGUGCUAAAUCAGACGCUAGCUGAGAUUCUCUUUCCAAUGGACAAUAAGAUGGAUAAAAUGAGUGAGCAGCUAAAUGAUUUGACUUAUGAUAUGGAGAUUCUUCAGCCCCUGCUUGAGCAGGGAGCAUCCCUGAGACAGAUAACAACACACGCACAAUCCAAAGAAGAAGCAGUUACAAGGAAAAAGUUGGAAACUCUGACGAUUGCUGUCAAUAGUCUAAAUUUCCUCAUUAGAGAACUUACAAAGAGACACAACCUACUUAAAAAUGAAGUUCAGAGUCAUGGUGAGGUCUUAGAAAGACGUAUCAAUGAGAAUGCCUUAGAAAUGGAAGACGGCCUUAAUAAGACAAUGACAAUUAUAAAUAAUGCAAUUGAUUUCAUUCAAGAUAACUAUGUGCUAAAAGAGACUAUAAAUUCUAUUAAGUAUACUCCCGAAGCCCAUCAAAAAUGUACCAAAGAUAUGGAAACUAUUUUGACAUUUAUUUCUCAAUUCCAGCAUUUGAAUGAGUCUAUUCAGAUUUUAGUCAAUGAUAAUCAGAGAUAUAACUUUGUUUUGCAAGUUGCCAGGGCUCUGGCAGAUAUUCCUAAAGAUGGGAAACUGAGUCAGUCCAACUUUCAAAAGAUUUAUCAAACGUUCAAUGAAACCACUUCUCAAGUGAGAAAAUACCAGCAAAAUAUCAGUCGUUUGGAGGAAAAGAUACUCUCAGCCAGUGAGAUUUCUAAAAAGUUUGAGACUCGGUUGCAAGGCAUUGAGUCUAAAGUGACCCAGACACUCAUACCUUAUUAUAUUUCACUUAAAAAAGAUAAAAAAGAUGAUGCUGCUACAAAUGAGAGAAAUCAGGCUCUUCAACUGCAGGUGUUAAAUUCCAGGUUUAAGGCAUUGGAAGCGAAAUCCAUCUAUCUUUCAAUUAAUUUCUCUUCGCUUAACAAAACUCUCUAUGAAGUUUUAGCAACGUGUCAUAAUGCUUCCGCAAGCAUUUCAGAACUGAAUGCUACCAUACCUAAGUGGGUAAAGGGUUCCUUGCCAGAUAUUCUGCUUCUUCAGAAAGGGCUGACAGAAUUUGUAGAACCAAUAAUUGAAAUAAAAACUCAAGCUGUCCUAUCUAAUUUAACUUGGUAUAUAGACCGAUCGUUAUCUGGUAAUCUGGCAAAUGUUAUCAAGUCUCAGAAGCAAGUAAAAUCAGUGCUAAAGAAACCUAAUGCACUCAAGAAACCAACAGUGAAUCUCACCACCAUUCUGAUAGGCCGAACUCAAAGGAACACAGACAACGUUAUCUAUCCUGAGGAGUAUUCAGGCUGUAGUAGGUUCCCAUGCCAGAACGGGGGCACGUGUAUAGACGGAAGAGCUAGCUUUACCUGUGCCUGCCGUCAUCCUUUUACGGGCACCAACUGCACGAUCAAGCUGGUGGAAGAAAAUGCUUUAGCUCCAGAUUUUUCCAAAGGAUCUUACAGAUACGCACCGAUGGUGGCAUUUUUUACAUCUCACACAUAUGGAAUGACGACGCCGGGUCCUAUCCGGUUUAAUAAUUUGGAUAUCAAUUAUGGAGCGUCAUAUACCCCAAGAACUGGAAAAUUCAGAGUUCCGUAUCUUGGAGUGUAUGUUUUCAAGUAUACCAUUGAGUCCUUUAGUGCUCAUAUCUCUGGAUUUUUAGUGGUGGAUGGAAAAGACAAGCUUGCGUUUGAAUCUGAGAGUAUUAACAGUGAGGUGCACUGCGAUAGGGUGGUGACGGGGGACGCCUUACUAGAAUUAAAUUAUGGGCAGGAAGUCUGGUUGCGACUUGUAAAAGGGACAAUUCCUGCCAAGUUUCCCCCAGCGACCACAUUCAGUGGCUACUUGCUAUAUCGUACGUAAGUCAGUAGGAAAGACAGACCCGCACCUUGAUUGAGAA